ACAAACUCUUUGGAUUUCUGAACCUUGGUUGCAAGUACUAUCAAGAUAUCCAGAAGUAUUCCAAGUCUUUUGCAUCGUUGUCAAAACACACAGAACACCCACUCCCUCCUUGGGCACCAGCGGAAAUAGCGAGUGAAUAGUGACAUGAGCUCGAGCUUGAAACGGGCCUUGAGAAAAUCCAUCACACCUGACAUUGACACCGAAGACAACACCAACGAAAGUAAUCUUGCAACACCAGCUGAGAGCAACGAGAACGAGACGCCUGAUACACACGAGAACGAGACCAUGGCUGAGGAAGACGAAGUGAUGGUGAACUCCCCGGGGGAAGAAGUCAAGGAAGAAGAAAAGGAUACUGAAGAAGCAAAGGAGGACGAUGACAAGCAGGAAGAGGGAGAAGACGGAGAAGAGAAGGAUCAAGACGGAGAAGAUAAGAAAAAUGCAGAGGAAGAUGGCGAGGCGAAAGAGGAGGACGAGGCAGAAGAAGAAGGAAAGUUUGUCUUUGAGGGUCGCAACCCCAAGCUCAUCAAGGGCAAGGUCUCCAUGAUCAGUGGCUGCAUGGAUAUUCAGACCAGCACUGACAUUGGUGAUAUUUCGGAAACGGUGAAGCAUCUCACCCCCGCUGGUUUGGGAGGAGGUGCCCUGACAUCAGUUUUGAUCGACACGCUGACAGCUCACAAGAAGGCUGGGACGAAACCAUCCAAAAUGGAAGUGAUCAAGGAACUAAAGGCAAAAUUGGAGGAUUUGGAUGUCACUCAGAGACCUCAGAUCUCCACAUCUUCCAUUGUGGAUCUGUCAGAACCGUUCGAGUUUGUGCCCUCCGACUGCUCUGGCGUCCGACGUGCCGUCGUUAUUGGCAUAAACUAUACUGGGACUAGUAACGAGCUGAGAGGUUGCCACAAUGAUGCGAUCAACUUGAAAGCUUUUCUGAUGGAGGAACAAGGAUUUGACGAGGACAACAUCACAAUGCUUCUCGACGACGGAAAAGAGACCAAUCCCACCAAGCUCAACAUCAUGAUGGCCUUGCAUCACAUGGUUCAGUCCAGCAAGUCGGGAGAUUUCUGUUUCAUGAGCUACUCAGGCCACGGAGAUUUCAUUGUGGACAGGAGCGGAGAUGAAAAGGAUGGUUGGGACGAAGUUUUGUGUGCCGUUGAUCAUGAAAAUGUCGUGGACGAUGAACUCUGGGAAACAGUGGUGUCCAAGCUAAAGACAGGUGUGACUUUGUUUGGUAUUUCUGACUCGUGCCAUUCCGGAACUGUCAUGGACCUUCCCUACCGCUACCAGUUUGCCGAGGACAGCGAAGUUUGGGAUGAGAGAGAAGAGUAUGUGGCAGCAUUGCGAGAACACUUGGCACAACAGGAGGAAGAAGAGGAGGAAGAAGAAGAGAAAGCCAGGGAGGAAAAAGAGAAAGAAAAGGCCGAGGAGGAGGCCGAAUCCAGCAGCGAAUUGGAUGAUCAAAUGUUGGCCAUGACAGCCAUUUUGAUGAUGAUGCAGGUGAAUAGGAAGAUGUCCAAGACCAAGGUCAAGAAUAUGAAGAAAAAGAUGAAUGCAAUGAUGGCGUUCUUUGGUGGCGACGACGACGAUGAUGAGUAAUAAAGCAUCGGCCUUGUAUUGAAGUUCUGAGGUGCUGCCCAUCACGUUCUAUUCCUAUUCCAGUUCUUAGGCACUGGUCUUGUCUGCCUCGGUGUGGUACCGGUAGACUGGCCAGCAUACUCGCUAGAGCCCGGUAUUAUCUGUCUUAAUCAUAGUUGCUCUGGUUUCAAACCAGCCACGCCCUUUGUUUCUGCUGCUCCUCCACAGCCGCCACACGACACCCCCGAGGGUAACAAUUGCACCUCCACA